GAUGUGGUCUUCCGAAGUUAGCGGAGCUGACAGUCAAGACUUUCAUAGAUUCGCUCGUAGACCGGUUCUCUUUUUAUCCGAGUCAUGCCUUACUAUCAGACCUGGGAGGAGUUCGCCCGUGCCGCGGAAAAACUGUAUUUGACGGAUCCCAUGAAGGUCAGAGUCGUACUUAAAUACAGGCACUGCGACGGUAACCUUUGCAUCAAAGUCACCGACGAUGUUGUGUGUUUACAAUACAAAACGGACCAGGCCCAGGAUGUAAAGAAGAUCGAGAAGUUCCACGCCAAACUGAUGAGGCUGAUGGUGUCCAAGGAAACACACAGUAGUGCCAUGGAGACGGACUGAAAUGCUCUAAAGGCCCCAGCCUUCUAGAAACCACAGACUGAAAUAGAAACUUUAAACGUGGUGGUUAUUUAGAGCACAAGACCACUGCAUUGGAAACGGGAGUCUGACAGACGGGCUUCUGGAAAGGUUUGGGAGAGGAUGGGAUAAGACUCCAUCCUGCUACCUAGACUGAUGUACUGUAAUUUGUCAGAUAUGUGAUUCUUUUUUUUCACCCCAGGAUCACACAUUUUGGGCAUACUUUUCUACUAAUUUUCACUAGCAAUUCUGAUUUUGCUGGUUUUCCCCUCAUUCUCCAGCAACCGGUGCCCUUUAUUUCUGGAAUGGUGAGCAUAUCCCUAAUUGUAACAGUAAUACCAGUGUGGGCAGCUGGGAAAGUUUAGAAUAUACAUAAAUGGGGUACUGGACGGGGUUGUGGGAACUUUGGUAAGAGAAAUAAAUGCAAGUCUUCUGCCGUUCUUACAUUGUUCAGCACCUUGAGUUUCUAAGAAGAACCUGCAUCUAUGUUCAGUUGUAGGGCAGGAUGAGUAAAAGAUGCUGCAUGUCUUGUCUAUUUACAUCUGUGUGGUUCAGUAGGUUCCAGUUUUUAUACCAUGAUUUUUUUUUUAAACUCCUACUUGGAGAAACAUGUUUAACAUGGACACCACACGAAUGAAGCAGGACCCUUUGAUUUCCGUUCAAACCCACAGAGAAAUCCUACGCCUCCGAUGCCAUGUCCUCUGGAAAAAAUCUAAAGUUACAGGUUCAAUAAACAUUUAUCUCAAUGCUGCCAUUAUUUCUGCUACAUUUGUCUUAGGGUAUGGUGGUAGUACGUGUGUUGACACUGAUUAUAUUUCUCCAGUCCUCAAACAAACAAACAAACAAGGUACUUGGUAACAUUUUAAAGGUACAAUCCUCAAUUUAAAUGUGAACUAAAGGGUCAGCCUGCCGGCACAAUAUAAAAACAGGAUGUGAAGUUGUUACUCCCAAAUUGGUGGACAUGUCCCUCGAUAUGAGGACUAAUACUAAACAAGAGAUGUGACUUUUUAAUGUUUUGCAAAUGCUGUAAAAGGUAUGCUUACGUUGGUAACGUUUGAAAAACGGUAAAACGUGUCCAUUGUUCAAUUACAGUCAGCUGGGAAAGACACUAAAUCCCAGACUGGGCCUUUAGACGGCAACCGUUUGAAACAUGACUGGAUGAGAAAUUGG